AUGCAUUACAAAGAUGGUCAUUCAUUACAAAGCAAAAGCCUAGUACAUCACACUAAGUACAUCAACAUGGUAGCAUUCAAGUCCCUAGUAAAAUUUGACUCCUAGAUCUCUCAAAGUAUGAUUGUUCAAUGAGUAGUUGCAUUCCUUUCCUCGGCGAAUCCCUUGAUUUCUGGAGCAACAUGAAGUGUGAUGUGGUUGAGCUUUUGAUCUUCAAGGCUACUCUUGAUCUCGUGAAUCCUUUGUUGGUCAAAGCUUUCUCCAUGGAUGAAUAUUUCAAUGGUGUCUUGACUUAUGAAGAAUCAUGCUUGACCAUGUAUGAAUCCAUAUCUCAAUUGUUGAAGGCAGAGAAUCAAACAAGAUUAUGGGAGUGCAAGAAAAGAAAUAAACACGGAUGCCAAAUAAUAGAUGAAGGAUGAAGGAACAUAAAUAUGCUCUAAAGUGAUAAUGUGUGUGAAGUUGUAUCCUAAAACAUGAAUUUUUUUUUUUAAUUUUUUUUUUUUAUGAUUCACCAUUGCGAACAUUAAAUUGGCAUUCAUGGGAAAUAUCAUUCCUUUGAAAAGAAUGCAAAUGCCAUGAAGCUUGAAGAAAAAGUGAAUGGUGUAAUGCUUGGAGAAAAUGGAUGAUGUGAUGCUCCAAAAUCAUGUGCUCAAAUUAUUUUGAUGCCUAAAAGAUGGAUCUUUCAUGAAUUUAUCUUUGAAGAACCUCUUUUUCUUCUCUUUUGUUUUUUCUUUCUUUCUUUUUUUUCAAAAAUGUGAAAUGCAGUGCAAAAUGCAUGUGAAUGAAAUUUCCAUUUUCAU